AUGCAAUUGAAUGAAGGUUGGCUAAAGUUGUUGCCGAGGAACAAUGACACAAACAUUAUUAGGAAAGUGGUCACAGAGCGGUACAAACAUCUCAUGUUUUACCUGGAUCAUGAGGACAACUAUGGUGGAGGAGGAUGGGGUGAUGCAGUUUCAAACCCUCUUAAUCGUGCGAGAGAGGAAAAUAUUGUUGAGCAUGGCUUUGUUGUCGUAGAGGAGAAUAGAAGUGAGAUGAUGUAUACAUGUGAUAGCACUUGUGAAGGAACAAGAAGUGGCAGUAGAAGAAGCACAGGAUCAGCAAUUGUAGAGGAGGAAGAUGAUGAAGGCUCUUGCUCAGAUAGUAAUGACUCUGAUUAUAAUCUGGAAGAGCUUGUGGACAGUGACUAUGACCUGCGGGAUGGGGAUGUGGAUUUGGUGAUGGAUGAGCCACAUGUUGCUGAUGAUGAGAAGAAGGGUAAAAGGAAAGGGAAGCAAAUAGCUGAAGAUGACAAUUCUGAAGAUGAAAAGCUUGAAAUGCCAGAGUCAGAUGAUGAGGAAAUGAAAUUCAUGUUCAAACAUUUCACAGAAGAAUAUUUGCAUGAGCCCAAGUUUCAUGUUGGGCAUGUUUUCUCGUCAAUAGAAUUGAUUAGGAAGGCAAUUAGGGAGUACAGUUGCAAGGAGAGACUUGGCAUAACAUUUCCAAAAAAUGAUAAAACAAGGAUUGGAGCAAGGUGUACCAAUGGCUUUCCACGGUAUUUGUAUGCAUCAUACACUACAAAAAAUACACUUCCGUGA